AUGGGUGGCGUAGCAGGCGCCAAGAAGGCGGCGGUCAUGUCAGUGUUCAUGCACGCGGAUGCCAUGGACAUGGCGCUGAUGGCGGUGGGCCUGGUGGGCGCCAUCGGCGAUGGCUUAUCGACACCGGUGAAGCUGCUCAUCACCGGCUUCAUCAUCAACGACCUCGGCAACAGCGGCACGGAACACCUCCAGGAGUUGAGCUCCAAGAUGGACGAGAAUGCGAGGAACCUUGUCUUCUUGGCGUUGGGCAGCUGGGUCAUGGCGUUCCUAGAGGGGUAUUGCUGGUCACGGACGGCGGAGCGGCAGGCGUCGCGGAUGCGUGCACGCUACCUGGCAGCGGUGCUCCGGCAGGACGUGGAGUACUUUGACCUCAAGGUGGGGUCGACAGCGGACGUGAUCGCCAGCGUCUCCAACGACAGCCUGGUGGUGCAGGAUGUGCUGAGCGAGAAGGUGCCCAACCUGGUGAUGAACGCCGCCACCUUCGUUGGCAGCUACGCUGCCGGCUUUGCGCUAGUGUGGCAGCUAACCCUGGUGACGCUGCCUUCGAUCCUGCUCCUCGUCGUCCCGGGGUUCAUGUACGGCCGCAUCCUCAUGGGCCUCGCACGCCGGAUCAGGGAGCAGUACACGCGCCCGGGUGCCAUCGCCGAACAGGCUAUCUCGUCCGUGCGCACCGUGUGCUCCUUCGCCGCGGAGCGUGCCACCAUGGUGCAGUUCUCGGCGGCGCUCGGGGAGUCGGCGCGACUAGGGAUCAAACAAGGGCUCGCCAAGGGCAUCACCAUCGGCAGCAACGGCGUCACCUUUGCCAUCUGGGCCUUCAGCGUUUGGUACGGCAGCCGCCUCGUCAUGUACCAUGGCUACCAGGGCGGCACCGUCUCCGCGGUCUCCGCCGCUGCCGUCGUCGGUGGCCUGGCACUCGGGUCGGGGUUGUCGAACCUCAAGUACCUGUCGGAGGCGAGCGCGGCGGGGGAGAGGGUGCUGGAGGUGAUCAGGCGGGUGCCCAAGAUCGACUCGGGCAGCGACGCGGGGGAGGAACUUCUCAACGUUGCCGGUGAGGUGGAGUUCAAGAACGUGGAGUUCUGCUACCCAUCGCGGCCAGAGAGCCCCAUCUUCGCCAACUUCAGCCUGCGCGUGCCGGCAGGUUGCACGGCGGCGCUUGUAGGCAGCAGCGGGUCCGGCAAGUCCACAGUGGUGGCACUGCUAGAGAGGUUCUAUGACCCGUCGGCCGGCGAGGUGGCGCUGGACGGCGUGGACAUCCGGCGGCUGCGGCUCAAGUGGCUGCGCGCGCAGAUGGGGCUUGUUAGCCAGGAGCCGGCGCUCUUCGCUACGACCAUCAUGGAGAACAUACUAGUUGGCAAAGAGGACGCCACGCCGGAGGAGGUCACCACCGCCACCAAGGCCGCCAAUGCACAUAACUUCAUCUCCCAGCUGCCUCAAGGGUACGACACUCAGGUGGGUGAGCGUGGUGUCCAAAUGUCUGGAGGGCAGAAGCAGAGGAUUGCUAUAGCCAGAGCAAUCCUAAAGUCACCCAAGAUCCUCCUCCUUGAUGAAGCCACCAGUGCGUUGGAUACAGAGUCAGAGCGUGUCGUACAGGAGGCACUCGACCUGGCUUCCUUGGGUCGGACGACUUUCGUCAUUGCCCAUCGCCUCUCCACUAUCCGCAAUGCUGGCAUGAUUGCUGUCAUGCAGCAUGGUGAGGUCAAGGAGCUAGGCUCCCACGACGAGCUCAUUGCUGAUGAGAAUGGCCUCUACUCAUCGCUUGUUCGCCUUCAGCAGACUAGAGACUCAAAUGAGGUUGAUGAGGUUAGUGGAGCUGGCAGUACUUCCGUUGUGAGGCAGUCCAGCAGCCACGACAUCAGCAGGAGAUUCUCCUUGGCUAGCAGAUCCAGUUCAGACGGGUCAGUAGGUAAUGCUGACAGCAUUGAGGAGCCAAAGCUUCCUCCGCCAUCCUUCAGAAGGCUGCUCAUGCUUAACGCACCAGAGUGGAGGCAGGCGCUUAUGGGAAGCUUGAGUGCAGUUGUGUAUGGAGGCAUCCAACCUGCUUAUGCAUACGCCAUGGGAAACAUGAUAUCGGUCUAUUUCUUGACAGAUCACGACGAGAUCAAGGACAAAACAAGAAAGUAUGCACUCACCUUCAUCGCUCUUGCGGUGCUCUCGUUCUUGCUCAAUAUUGGACAACAUUACAACUUCUGUGCCAUGGGAGAAUACCUCACCAAGAGGGUCAGGGAACAGAUGCUCAGGAAAAUCCUCACUUUCGAGAUCGGAUGGUUCGACCGCGAUGAGAACUCCAGUGGUGCCAUAUGCUCACAGCUUGCCAAGGAUGCCAACGUUGUGAGGUCUCUAGUGGGUGACCGGAUGGCGCUGGUGACCCAGACAAUAUCUUCUGUGCUUAUCGCUUGCACCCUGGGUCUGGUCAUUGCCUGGCGUCUGGCCCUUGUCAUGAUAGCAGCGCAGCCUCUCAUCAUCGUCUGCUUCUAUGCUCGUACUGUCUUAUUGAAGAGAAUGUCCAAGAAGUCAAUACAGGCACAAUCCGAAAGUAGCAAGCUAGCUGCUGAGUCCGUCUCCAACCUCCGUACCAUAACGGCCUUCUCAUCCCAAGAGCGCAUCUUAGGCCUCUUCAACCAUGCACAGAAUGGACCGCGGAAGGAAAGCAUCCGUCAAUCAUGGAUUGCAGGACUCGGCCUUGGCACUUCCAUGGGCCUGAUGACAUGCACAUGGGCCCUAGCCUUCUGGUAUGGUGGCAGGCUCAUGGCUGAGCACCGCAUUGCCACCAACGAACUCCUUCAGACCUACAUGAUUCUGAUAAGCACAGGGCGUGUGAUUGCUGAUGCAGGUAGCAUGACAACAGACCUAGCUAAGGGUGCUGAUGCAGUUGCUUCAGUAUUUGCUAUCCUUGACCGGGUAACAACCAUUGACCCAGACAACCCCGAGGGAUACAAGCCGGAGAAGCCCAAAGGUGAGGUGGACAUCACAGAAGUCGACUUUGCAUACCCUUCAAGGCCAAAUGUGAUCAUCUUCAAAGGAUUCUCAUUAAGCAUCCAACCAGGCAAGUCAACAGCACUGGUUGGGCAAAGUGGCUCUGGAAAGUCAACCAUCAUUGCACUUAUAGAGCGAUUCUAUGACCCUCUAAGGGGAAUGGUGAAAAUUGAUGGCAGGGACAUCAAAACAUAUAAUCUUCAAGCCCUGCGGCGGCACAUUGGCCUGGUCAGCCAGGAGCCAACACUAUUUGCAGGAACAAUCCGGGAGAACAUUGUGUAUGGCAUAGAAACGACAAGUGAGGACGAAAUUGAGAAUGCCGCAAGGUCUGCGAAUGCACACGAAUUCAUCAGCAACCUCGCGGAUGGAUAUGGUACAUGGUGUGGCGAGAGAGGUGUUCAGCUCUCAGGAGGGCAGAAGCAACGCAUUGCAGUGGCCCGUGCCAUCUUGAAGAACCCAGUAAUCUUGCUACUGGAUGAGGCUACAAGUGCAUUGGACAGCCAGUCCGAAAAGGUUGUACAGGAAGCACUUGAGAGAGUGAUGGUCAGCAGGACAAGUUUGGUCGUGGCACACAGGCUCAGCACAAUCCAAAACUGUGACCUUAUUGCCGUGCUUGACAAAGGAAUUAUUGUGGAAAAGGGCACACACUCGUCCCUCAUGUCAAAGGGUUCCUCGGGAACAUAUUAUAACUUAGUUAGUUUGCAACAAGGGGGCGACCAACACUAAGUAUUUGCAUGAUCUACCAUACAUCAGUCUUUCUCAAAAUUUUACCUUUUUUAGAUCUUUUCGAAUUAGAACUGCAAGCAAGAAUGAUAAACAGAUCACUGUAAGCUAUUUUUCCUCCCGUUGUUGUAUCCGUAUAUACAAGUAGUGCUGUUCCUGUAGUUUAUUCAUAUAACUACUGGAUAUGUAUUGUAGUGAUGCAAGCUAUAUAUUCUUUUGUCAUCUAUUUAUUUGAAACCACUACACGCAGAUUAGUACCAACAUGAGCUAAGCAUCAAAAAGCACAAGUAGCAGAACAAACAUUAACUAAGUAGUAUUAUAUCAUGACCCAGUUGUGGAGGAUUGGCAACAAAUGCAAGGAAAAGUAAAUAAUGACGUCUACAUUUUGUAGGGCAGGGCGGCAAUAACACGAAAAAACAAAUAAGAAUGGAUCAGAGACCCUUUUUUCCAAGUAUGUGCGUGUAAUUUUCCUAUGUUAAUACGAAGAUGUUAGAAAUUGAGUAAUUAUUAUGGGAGUGGUUAAGAGUUUCAUGUCUGAUACCAACACUUGGAACAAAGCAUGUGCGAAUUCAGUGUGGAGUCUAUGUGAGUUUGAGCUUGUAAACUUCAUAAAACCACUGACUUUAACGUGACUUUACUUUCCAACUUGGUAGUAACAUUAAAUGCAUGAAAAGAGAUUAGAGUAAAAUGCAAAUGGGCAGUGCCAGAGAUAGAGUAAAAUGCAAGUGUACUUUCUUAUCAAACCUGGCAACUUGGUAGUAUCAUUAAAUGUUUGUUUGUGUUCCCAUCAAACCUGGCUUGAACCUUUGCUAAGCCCUGCAUCUCAGUAUAUAAUGCACACACUUGUUAGCAUCGACGACUCGUGUCAUUUUAUGCAAUCACUAGAAAAUGGUCAAUCCCCACUAAAAAUGGUCAAUUUUCUCAACAAAGCGUUAGGCCAUUAGUGGAAAAACGAAAUAAAUGUCUAGAGGAGAGAGUUGUUAAGAGAUUAAACAUGAGAUGUGUUAUGUUUGUCUCAUUACUCUGGUUAGUUAGCGGAAUUAACAAGAGA